AUGUUCGUUUCGGGCAUGUCAAUUCUUACUGCCAUACUGCUCUUAAUUGGCAUCAUGGACGUCGUUCCAUCUGAUGCCGCGAACUGGGUACAGGCGGCUUGCAUUGUGGUAUACGCCUUCAUCUACUUUGCGACCAUCGGCGCCAUCUCCUUUGUGUUGCUUGGCGAGGUGUCGACUCCCCAGCUGCGAGCAAGAACAACGGCCCUGGCAACUGCCGUUCAAGCUGUCUUCGGUAUCUUCAUGAACGUCGUCAUCCCUUACAUGGUCAACCCCGAUGAAGCGAACAUGAAGGGUAAGGUGGGCUUUGUCUUCGGGGGCUGCGCAGCCGUAGCGACAGCGAUGAGUUGGAUCUAUAUCCCCGAGCUCAAGGGUCGCACAUUUGAGGAAUCGACAUUAUGUUCGCCCGACGUGUGCCCCCACGCCACAUGGGCUCGUACGAGCUCCUUUCGUGAUUAUUCAAGACCCACGGCUUAG